AUGGCCUCUGUAUCUCCUGAGAGAAUCUACGCAACCGCCCAAGGAGGUUUGCUCGAAGGUCUUCUCGAGAAUGCGCAAACCCGCAAGGGCCAGAUCUAUGCCUUGCAUGCCUGGCUCAAGGAACACUCCAAAGUGCUUGUAGAGAGUCUAUGCAUUGAGCUUGGAUGGUCAAAGGACGAAGCUGUCGAGGACAUGAACACGAUUAUCCACUCCGCCGAACAGCUCUAUUACAGCCUCUCGCUCCAGGCGGACCUGCGUGUCGAGAAAUCUGUCAAGAAAGGAGGCCAAGUCAGUGUCCACCCUCGGGCGUCUGGGGUGGCCUUGAUUGUGGGCUCUCCGAGGAGCCCCCUUUCGUCGGUCCUUCUCCCCUUCUUAAGCGCCCUCGCCGCCGGCUGCACCACCAUCAGUGUUCCUGCCGAGGGUGCCAAGAAAAUGGCGGAGCUGAUCUCGCAAUGUCUGACCGACACUACCAAUCACCAAGGCGUGGUGGUGGGCCACAGCCAGCAUCUCGCCUAUCUUACGUCGCAGCACUUCGACGUCGUGACGAUCCCGGCGGACGCCAAGUAUGAUGACUUGAUUCAUCGACUCAUUCGUGCCAAUCCGUCAAUUCGAGUGCUGCGGCCCACCAGGGGCAAGACGUUUGCCAUUGUUGAUCGCAGUGGCGACCUCGCAUCCGCGGCUGUUCACCUUCACCGUGCCAUCUCGGCCGGGGCUUUUUGGCGCAGCUUCAGAUCCCCGAAGGUCCUGUUGGUCGAUGAGUUCGUACUCGAUGAGUUUGAGUUGAGACUUGGGCAGCUCAUUGCUACUGGGGCAGCCCCUGCUGUAAAUGGGGCCCGGCCUGGGGGCAAGGCCAACGGUCAGGCCAAGCCGGCCCAAGGCAGUGGCGAAGUUCGUAGUUCAAAAAAUUCCUCCAAAAUCGCCGUCUUUGAUCGACCAGACGAGAUGAGCUUUGAGGUCUUGCGAGAUAAAGUCUCUGCUCUGUUCGAGGCAACCGACAAGGUCGUCAUUGUUCCCACCACCAGCACCGAGAACAGCAUUGAUCUCAUCAACGCAGUGAAUCAUCCUGAUCUUGCGCCGGUCCUGUAUAGCUUCUCGAAUUCGCUCGAAGGUGAAUACUUCAGCAAGUUUGUUCGCGCUCAGCAAGCUCUCAUCAACGGAAUCAAACCGAAUUCUUUAACGGUUGAGGUGCCCGUUACCCCCACAGCAACCUUGGACUUGCCUUACUCUGUUUCAGACUUCAGUGUCAACAGUCCAGUCUAUCAAGUGAAGCCUCUGGGUAAGGGCAAGAGCCCAAAGAGCUCCGUCCUGGUUUCAAAGACCUUGAAGAAGGUCAAGCGUAGCCCAUUCCUGGGCCAUUCUUUCUUCGAAAGGGGAAUUGUGCUUGGUCUCGUUAUGGUGCUUGCGGGUGCCGGCGGAUCUAUGUACGGUGCGAUCUUGCUAGGGAAGCGCCUGUUGGGAAGGCUGUGGUGCCAAACUGUGAUCCGGAUGACCAAGGGAUACAAGGGAUCGACAGGGUCAGCCGCUGGUAUCCUGCAGUCACAGGAUGGAUAG